AUGGUCAAUUUUCCUACCAGAGGGGACAACACUCUGGACAUCAUCUUGACCAACAGACCCUCCCUCACUAACAGAUGCUCGGGUCUCCCAGCCUUAAGCGACCAUGACAUGGUAUUCAUGGACGCGAACGCCCGUGCCUAUAGGAGGAAACCAGUUCGGCGCAAGAUUCUGCUCUGGAAAAGGGCCGACCUUGUCACCAUCCGCUCGAGAGUCCAUCAGAUGUCAGUUGAUUUCACUUCAAAGUUCACUACUUCAACGCCAGUUGAAGACUUUGCUACUGCACUGCAACUGGAGCUUGAAGAGAUCAUCAACGACUGUGUUCCAUCUAAGCUUAGCUCCACAAGAGUCAAUCAACCGUGGUUCAACUCUAAAUCAAAACACAUCCUGAGACAAAAGGGUCGUGCCUUCAAGAAGGCUCGCGGCACAAACAAAGCCAGAGACUGGAUUCGCUUCAAGCGUUUAAAGAAGGAGGCUCAAAACAUCUGCCGAAAUUCCUACAACACGUAUGUCCAUGACAUCAUCCACAGCGUACCAGCAGGUUGUAGGAACAAGAAGUUGGGUGCUCUCGUGAAAGCCAAGCGAUGUGAUCUUAUGGGUGUUGCACCUCUGAAAGAAGGAGGCUUUCUACACACGGAUCCCAAGGCCAAAGCCAACACUCUGAACCGGCAAUUCACAUCGGUUUUCUCAACUGACAACGGAGCUCCACUACCUGACCUAGGCACCAGCAACCAUCCUGAAAUGGAAAACAUCACUGUGAGCGAGAAUGGAGUGAUCAAACUCCUGAAAAAUCUCAAGCCCUUCACUGCCUCUGGACCAGAUGGGAUACCUACCAUGCUGCUAAAACAGACGGCUGCGGAGAUUGCUCCUGCAGCAACGUUACUUUUCCAGGCUUCAAUCGACCAAGGGAGGCACGGUUUCCGCAAAUACAGAUCCUGCGAAACGCAACUGAUCUGUAUGCUGGAUGACCUCACCAAGGGACUGGACAGCAAGUCACAAAUCGACGUGGUCCUGCUCGAUUACGAGAAAGCAUUCGAUAAAGUGCCACAUCGACAUCUACUGAAGAAAGUCCAGCACUAUGGAGUUAGAGGCGCAACACUGGCAUGGAUAUCAGAUUUCCUCCACUCUCGUUCCCAAUCUGUACUCGUUGAUGGGCAGAAGAGUAGUGAAUCCAUCGUCUCAUCCGGGGUUCCAAAGGGGAGUGUCCUUGGUCCCCUACUCUUCCUAAUCUACAUCAACGACCUGCCUGAAUGCAUCAGAAGCUCAACAACUACAUGUAGGUUAUCUGCCGAUGACAGUGUUUUGUAUAAACAUAUCACCUCAACCGAUGACACAGCUAGCCUCCAGCAAGAUCUAGACGCCCUCCAGGACUGGGAAGCUAAAUGGCUGAUGCACUUGAAUGCUACAAAGUGCCAGGUUGUCCAAGUCACCCACAAGUGGAAGCCCUUCCCUGCCUCAUACACCAUCCAUGGUCAUGUCUUGGGGGUCUCCACCUCAGCCAGAUACCUGGGAGUCCACAUAGAUUCCAGGCUGAGCUUCAAUACUCAUAUCGACAACAUCACCAGGAAAGCGACCGGCACCAAGGCCUUCUUCUCCCGUAAUCUGAGCCACAGCAGCCAGAAAGUCAAAGAAGCUGUCUACACCACCUUCAUUCGUCCAUCUGUCGAAUUUGCAGCAACUUCAUGGGAUCCACAUACCCAACGGAAUACCAAGAAGCUUGAGCAAGUCCAACGAAGUUCGGCUCGUUUCGUCAUGGGCGAUUAUAGAAGAACCAGCAGUGUUACAUCCAUGUUAGAACAUCUUGACUGGCCCUCACUACAGGAACGUCGUCACCAAAAUCGCCUGCAGAUGAUGUACAAGAUCAGAUACAACUUGGUCGACAUCCCUUGGAACAACUACCUUACUCAAUUAUCGACAUCUACCAGAGGACACAGUUCCAGAUUCACUAUCCCACACACCAGAUCUUCAUGCUAG